AUGGACGACUUUCCAUGGGAUCAGGUGAAAUCAGGAGAUCUCGAGAUUCUGCGGGUCGUGCUCCUCUCGAGUUCGACUUCGCGCAGGACUCGCGUUCUCAGUGAUCUCCGCGAGAAAAUUGGGUCUGAUCUACCGGAGAUUUCCCGUCAGUCUCUCCUAGAGCUUCUUCUCCAGACAAUUCCGCGAUAUGUUGACCGCCCGUCUCGUCAGGCCGUCCAACAAUGCCUCCGCUCUCUACUCAAAGCCCCCAUUCCAACCGAGGAUCUGAAAUACUUGGUGUCAGAAUUACAGAAAGAAGCCUCCAAAUCUAGCUUGGAUGCAGGUUCUACAUUGGUUCUUUUAGAAUGGUGCUCUAUCCUGCUGCAGACUCUGAAGAGCGACACCGAAACCCCGCUUUCAGUCGUGUUGGAUAUCAUUGCCCUGGAUGCUCGGGCGCUCGAGACAUGUCUGGUUGCUCAUCCCAAACCGGCUGUGGAAAAGUCCGCAUAUAGGGUAACAAGACGCGCCCUACGUGCGGUGUUCUCCGACGCCUGGGGUGACGAUGCUAUCAAACAGUCUGUUCAGCGCCUGGCUAGCAAUGCGACCACCGGACAGAAAAAUGCGCCUUUCCUUGGUGUUAUCUCUGGUGUCAGCGCACGCCUACCGAAUAAGAAGGAAGUUUUAGCAGGAGAGAAAAAGACCCUCGUUGCAUACUAUAUCAAAGAACUUGUCGGGACCAAGGCUGCGCCGCCUGCACAUAUUGCUAAUGGCAUGUCCGACUUUUUCGAGUCCUUCAUCACGGAGGCGGACCUCACGUCGGACAUACUCCCUCCCCUCGAGAAAGCAAUCCUGCGGUCUCCAGAAGUGGUAUUUUGCGGGCUGCUACCGUCGCUUUUCUCAUAUCUUCCGACAGAAAUCGACCUUUCGGAGAUAUUAUAUUCUCGCUUGCUCAAGCACUUGCUAUCCAGUAUGAAGUCGAAUAACCCUCUCAUUCGGCAAGGUGCUCUGCAAUCAUUCGAGUCACUUCUCGUCAAAUCUAAGACCGAAAGCUUGCUUCUCAAGAUUGCUGGCGAGGUUAUUGGGCCUCUGAAAGGCAAUAAAAUCACCAGUCCAGAGCAACGUGCUAUUUACGCUCAAGCCCUCUCAGCAGUUUCUCCUACAACCGAUAUUUCCAAAGACAUCAUACAAGGAUUUGUACCAGUCUUCACUCGCGAGUCAAACGAGGCUGCCCUUGAACAAGAGAUCAAGGCGUUCGCUAAACACCUCACCCGCCUCAUUCAAUCAAAGGCGAAAAUUCCUGAUGACGUCGUCAAUACUAUCGUCAAGGGGUCUGCUGAGAAAAAAAUACCGUUUCGAAGACUUUGGCAGCUCUAUAUUGGCCAAGCUAUUUGGCAGGCUGAGCCUGAAACAUUGGCGAGCAAUGAGAUUGAACCUUUUGUUACAAAAUUUGUAGCCAAGCUGGAGGGGAUUUUCAAAGAAGUCUCGUCUAAUCCAUUGCCAUCGGCACAGAACGGAGCUCUUUUCACAGCGUAUGUUUACCUCGCGCUCUGCGGACGGCUGUCUGCACUCGAGAAAUUCGACAAGGCAGCCUGGGAAGAGAAUGUCGGCCACUCCAUGGCGCUUCAGCCGAAGCCAUCCUUCCUUCUGAAUCCCAAGGCGUACUCCAAGCUGGCCUCCCAAGCAGAGGUCCAGUGGGCUGUCAGAACUCUUGCUGCUGUCCCUUCUGCUGCUAAGUUUGAUGAUGCUGAUGCACAAACUAAGACCGCCUGGGCUGAGGCAUUUAUUUACGCUAUAACAGCCCCUGGGCUGCACAACAGUUUUCGUGAUGAAUCCGCUCGUAACUUGUCUAUCGUCUACAAGACAAACAUUGGUGCAAUAGGACGUGUUAUAACGGACGCUCUUUGGUCUUGGAUUCUCGCUUUUAGAACAGGGGAGAAAGAGUCUGCUCCUGUCUCUGCAGGCCCGGACCACCUAAAGUUCCUUCACCUGGUCGUUAAGGCAAUCUGCCCUGCUCCGUCCAGCUCAGAGUCUUCGGAGCAGACUCCUGCCGGUCUUAAGAGUCAGCUUAUCAGCCUGCUGCUUCUCGCUCGGCCUGAGAUGAUUCCUAAUGCUCAUUGGAUUGAUCUUUGUUUGAGAACUGGCACGGAUCCUGGUAACCUUGUCCGUGAGUUUUCGAGUGAUUGCAUGAACCAAUUGGUCCGGGUGCAAGAGGAUCCCAUUCAAUCUAAAGUCCCCCAGGUUGACGCUGCUAUUUGGGCUGCAGCCGGUGACUUGGCUUUUGUAGCGCCUGAUGUAAUGGUCUCCCAGCUUGUUGAACAGAUUAAGGAAGAUCUAGACGUCUCGCGCGUGGCCCAUUUCACUCCCACCGAUGCUGCAAUUGCCAGGACUCCUGAAGGUACCAUGUUCGUAGACGUGCUGAACACAAAGUCAAGACAAACAUUUGACAAGAAUACCAAAGAUUAUGAUAUUCUCAAGUGGGAGGAGGAGAUGCGGGCACACUUGGCCCAGAAACAGGGCGAGAAGCCAAAGAAGCUUACUGCAGACGAGCAAGCGAAGGUGAAGGCGCAGCUCGCCAAGGAAGCCAAGAUCCGUGAAGAUGUUCUACGCGAGGUGAAGAGAAUCGAACGUGGCUGUGGACUCAUCCAGGGCCUCGCCGCUGGGCCAGCCAUUGACGCAGAUGACUGGAUCAACCCGGCGCUCGCAUCAUUACUAGAACUUUCAAAGGCGGGAGCUGGUUUGUUCGCCGGAGACGUCAUCUCAAAUGCUUACAUCAAAUGCUCUGAGAAGGUAUCUUCGCGCCUUGGUCCUCUACGGCAAUUUGUGGGUGUCGCCACUCUUAGAGCCAUGGGCAAGGGCACUGUGCCUGCUGAGAUGGAACUAGAGCCUCUUGGAAAGCUAGUCACAAGGAUUCUCUAUCGCUUGCGCUUCGCGUCCGAGCAGCGCCCCCUUGAUAACUCUUCUCUGGCAUACGCUCUGCCUCUCCUAUUCACGGUCCUCGCACAGAACGGCAUUGAAGAGGAAAAAGGCGACGAGGAGGGCGAGCAGGUGCUGCUUGCUCUUGAAAUCCUGUCCUACCACUCAGGCUCAUUUACCGAUAACCGUCUUCCUCGAGUAGAGAUUCUCGGCCAGCUGAUAUCCUCCAUGCAGAGGUAUACUCAGCAUUACAAGCUCAUCAAAGAUACUCUAUUCGAUGCAAGCAGGUGUAUCGCGCCGAAUAUCAACGAAAACGAAGUGAACGUUCUCCUCAAAGGCACCAUUGUCUCGGACCCGUCUGUACGGUCAGCAGUCCUACAGGCCAUUGACGCUGAAAUUGACUUAACCGAUAUGGACUUUUCCGAGCAUAUCUGGCUUGAAUGCCAUGAUCAUGUGGAGGAAAACGCCGAGAUAGCCGAGAGCAUUUGGGAAGAGAACGGCCUGGAAAUUGAUGAGACUGCGUAUGGAAAGCUCAUUCCCUACCUCGACUCUCGGGAUUCCAAUCUCCGAGGAGCUGCCGCUCGUGCAAUAGCCCAUGCAAUUGAGUCAAACCAUUCAGUGUUCGGUGAUAUUAUCUCUCAGCUUCAAUCGAAAUACGAAUUCGAAAUCCGGCCCAAGGAGCCCGAGAAAGACAAGUAUGGCAUGCCGAAGAAGGUUGACACGACAGACCACUGGGAGUCACGCAGCGGUAUUGCUCUUGCCUUUGGGGCCAUGCAAAACCUUUUCGAAGGUGAUCAAAUCGUCUCAUUCCUCCGGUUCUUGAUUGAGAGGGGACCACUUAUCGAUCGCAGCAGUGUUGUCAGAGAUCAGAUGGCCGACAGCGGUAAAGGUGUUAUUGCCGCACGUGGUCAGGAGAAGGUGGAAGAGCUGAUGAAGCUCCUGGAGACAACUCUAGAGACCUCAGAUAAGGGAAGCGAGACAUCCGAUCUUCUUAACGAGGCUGUCGUCGUCCUCUACGGCUCCCUGGCCCAGCACCUCAAGUCGGAUGAUCCACGGUUGCAAACUGUCAUCAAGAGACUUCUUGCCACUCUUCCUACUCCCUCCGAAUCGGUUCAGUCUGCUGUGUCCGACUGUCUCCCACCCCUAAUUCGACUUGCGGGGCGCCAGAGCGGCAAGUACGCCCAGGAAAUGCUAGACCAAAUCCUGCAGAGCAAGGAUUACGCCACCCAGCGUGGUGCGGCUUAUGGGUUAGCUGGUAUUGUUAAGGGCCGGGGAAUUGUCACACUGCGCGAGUUCCGGGUCAUGCCCCAUCUGCAAGACGCUGCUGAGAACAAGAAAGAGCCUCAUAAAAGACUGGGUGCUCUAAUGGCGUAUGAGCUUUUUGCAACCAUUCUUGGCCGGACAUACGAGCCGUACGUUAUUCAAGUGGUUCCACAGCUCCUGACUAGCUUCGGCGACCCGAACGCGGAUGUCCGCGAGGCUUGCCUGUACACGGCAAAAGCCUGCUUUUCGAACCUCAGCUCUUAUGGCGUCAAGAAAAUUCUUCCUACUCUCCUUGAAGGUCUCGACGAUACCCAAUGGCGUAGCCAGAAGGGGGCAUGUGAUUUGCUAGGAGCCAUGGCCUACCUUGACCCGCAGCAACUCGCCGUCAGUCUGCCUGAGAUAAUACCUCCACUGACUGUCGUGUUGAACGACACCCAUAAAGAGGUGCGCAAUGCUGCGAACCGCAGUCUUCAACGAUUCGGAGAAGUUAUCAGCAAUCCUGAAAUAAAAUCGUUGGUUAAUGUAUUGCUGAAGGCCCUGAGCGAUCCCACCAAAUUCACAGAUGAAGCCCUCGAUGCCCUUAUCAAAGUCUCCUUCGUCCAUUAUCUGGACGCACCAUCUCUGGCUCUUGUUGUUCGCAUCCUUGAGCGUGGUCUUGGCGACAGAUCAGCGACUAAGCGGAAGUCUGCCCAAAUUAUUGGCAGUCUGGCUCACCUUACGGAGCGCAAGGACCUUAUCACUCACCUGCCUAUCAUCGUUUCUGGGCUCAAUUUGGCCAUCGUUGAUCCUGUGCCUACAACUCGUGCUACUGCAUCCAAGGCCCUUGGUUCCUUAAUUGAGAAACUCGGAGAAGAUGCGCUGCCGGAUCUCAUCCCCAACCUUAUGUCUACGCUCAAGUCAGACACAGGAGCCGGCGACCGUUUGGGAUCCGCUCAGGCUCUUUCGGAGGUUCUGGCGGGUCUUGGCACAACAAGACUCGAGGAGACCUUGCCAACAAUUCUACAGAAUGUCAGCAGCUCCAAGGCCACUAUCCGCGAAGGUUUUAUGACCCUCUUUAUCUACUUGCCUGCCUGCUUCGGAAACAGCUUCGCGCCAUACCUUGGCAGAAUAAUUCCACCUAUCUUGGCUGGUCUGGCUGACGAUGUCGACACGAUUCGUGAGACUUCGCUUCGCGCCGGUCGCCUGCUGGUCAAGAACUUCUCGUCCAAGGCAAUCGAUCUUCUGCUUCCUGAACUUGAGCGCGGACUUGCGGAUGAUAGCUACCGUAUCAGGUUGAGUUCCGUCGAGUUGGUUGGUGAUCUGCUCUUCAGUAUUACAGGCAUCACGGCCAAGACCGAGGCCGAAGAGGAGGAUGAAGAAGCCGCUCAGGCUGGACAGUCACUGCUCGAGGUUCUUGGAGAGGAGAGGAGAGACAAGGUCUUGUCCGCGCUGUUUAUCUGCCGCUGCGAUACUUCCGGUCUCGUCAAGACUGCAGCAAUGGGUGUAUGGAAGUCGCUUGUCGCGUCUCCAAGAACACUCAAAGAGAUGGUCCCCACCUUGUCCCAGCUCAUCAUUCGCCGUCUUGGUUCUUCCAACAUGGAGCAAAAGGUCAUUGCAAGCAAUGCUCUUGGAGAUCUCAUCAAGAAAGCCGGAGAGUCUGUUCUCGCCACUUUGCUGCCUACUCUUGAAGAUGGUCUCCAAACCUCCCCCGAUGUGGAUGUCAAGCAAGGUAUCUGUAUCGCGCUCAAGGAAAUCAUCGCAUCUUCCUCCCCAGAUGCCCUCGAGGACUACGAGAAGAUUCUCAUAUCCAUUGUCCGUGUGGCAUUGGUUGACAACGAUGAUGAUGUCCGAGAAGCAGCCGCUGAGGCUUUCGAUGCCCUGCAGCAAAUCUUGGGCAAGAAGGCUGUGGAUCAGGUUCUGCCCCAUCUCCUGCUCCUACUACGGAACGACGAAGAUGCUGAGCAAGCAUUGUCAGCCUUGUUGACUCUCCUCACGGAGCAGACGCGUGCUAACAUCAUUCUACCCAACCUCAUCCCGACUCUACUGACAUCACCUAUUUCCACGUUCAACGCCAAAGCACUCGCGUCUCUGGCCGAAGUCGCUGGCUCUGCGAUGGCUCGUCGCUUGCCCACUAUCUUGAACACGCUGAUGGACAACAUUAUCACGUGCAAGGACGAUGAACAGCGGAAAGAGCUCGAUGACGCAUUCAGCACUAUUUUGGUUUCCGUGGAUGAGUUUGACGGGCUAAAUGUCAUGAUGAGCGUGAUGCUAGCCUUGAUUAAACACGAUGAUGAGCGCCGUCGUACCCGCGCGGCCGACCAUCUCAGAAGAUUCUUCUCCGAUGCGGAGAUCGACUUCUCUCGAUACCACCAAGACCUUAUUCGCGUGUUGCUAAUCUCCUUUGACGACCCGGAUAAGGACGUCGUCAAAGCUGCUUGGGGCGCCCUUAGCGGGCUUACCUCUCGCCUGCGCAAGGAAGAGAUGGAAGUUUUGUCCGUACCAACCAGACAAAUCCUCAAGGGUGUUGGAGUACCUGGGGCCGACCUUCCCGGUUUCAGCUUACCGAAGGGUAUCACUGCCAUUUUGCCAAUCUUCCUACAGGGUCUUUUGAACGGCAGUGUUGAGCAACGUACCCAGGCCGCCCUUGCAAUUGGUGACCUCAUUGACCGCACGGCGGCGGAUUCCUUGAAGCUGUUUGUGACUCAAAUCACCGGUCCCCUCAUUCGUGUCGUGUCAGAGCGCUCAGUCGACCUCAAGUGUGCCAUUUUCUUUACGCUCAAUAAGCUCCUGCAGAAGAUUCCCCUCGCUGUCAAGCCUUUCUUGCCCCAGCUUCAACGAACCUUUGCCCGAGGUUUAGCUGACCAGACUAGCGAGACUUUGCGUAACAGGGCUGCCAAGGGUCUUGGAAUUUUGAUCACCCUGACGCCUCGUGUCGAUCCACUGAUUGCAGAACUCAUCACUGGAACGAAGACUGCCGAUGUUGGCGUGCGGAAUGCCAUGAUGAAGGCUCUACAAGAGGUUGUAGGCAAGGCUGGUGCGAACAUGAGCGAGGCUUCCAAGAACUCUCUCCUUGCUCUUAUCGACGACGACGCCAGCGAUCAAACAGAUGCCGUGGCCAUCACCAACGCCAAGUUGCUUGGAGCACUCGUUAAAGUUCUGCCACCAGCUACUGCUGGCCCGCUUAUCAAGAGCCGCGUGCUCACAUCGAACUUCUCGCAUGCGUCCAUUUUGGGAUUGAAUGCCCUACUGGUCGACUCUCCGUCAUCAUUGACAGAGCACUUUGCGGCAGAGACAGUGAACCUGAUCUGCCAGGGUGUUACGCAUAAGGAUCCCUUUAUCUCCGAUAACAGUGUACUCGCCGCUGGAAAGUACUUGCUGCUUGAGGAGCAGCAUAGCUUUGAAAGCAACAAGGCUAUUUUCGAGGCCUUGUCACCGUGCCUUCAGCCCGGCACGCCGUCCGACACCCGGCGACUGGCGCUGGUCGUGAUCCGAACAGUCGGCCGCCUGCACUCAGAGCUGACGCGGCCCCAUCUCGGGCUUCUCGCACCGCCAAUAUUUGCCGGCGUCCGCGACAUGGUCAUUCCUGUCAAGCUCGCAGCAGAAGCUGCCUUCCUCUCCAUAUUCUCAGUGGUGGACUCGGACUCCGCCGUAUUCGACAAGUACAUGGCAGGGCCUGGCGCUGAACUUCCGCCAGGACCUAAGCGGAGCAUGUCUGACUACUUCAAACGAGUUGCGAUGCGCCUAGCUACCCAGGCGCGUGAGAGAAGGGAGGCUGAAGGCGGACAGGGCGGUCUGGGACUGUCUAACGACGAGGUCGAGGACGAAAAGGAGGUGUGGAGUAUUGGAAAAGUCGAGUUGGAGGAGGGUUCGUUUGGCGACGAGUGAUGAUUUGUUAUGCUUGACCUACGAACUGCAUGAGUAUAGACAGAUGUAUACCCUUGUUUUCCGGGGAAUCUAUGUUAAAAUCCAAAA